CUGUAUUUAUCUCCCUCUUUCUCCAUUUCAUCUUCCUAAUCCUAUCUAUCUACUACAAGUAGUCCUCCAAUUCCAAACCAUUUCUCUUCUACUAGUUCCCUGCAAGAACAAGAAGAAAGUGACAGAAAAAAAAAACAGCACAAAGCUUUCUAGAGAGAGAAAGCACAGACAUUCCCAAAGCCUUUUUCAGCUGUUUUCUCUCACUAGAAUUUGGGUUUUAACUCUUCAGCCAAUGGGAGCUCGCUGCUCCAAGCUAUCUCUCUGCUUCUGGCCUUCUACCCUCAAAUCCAAUCCCAAUGAUUCCUCAGAUAAAGAAAAUGGGAAGAAAAACGAGAAAAACUCGCUUCCUGGGUUCGUUGAGUUCAGCUUGGACCAGUUAAAAGCUGCCACGUCGGGAUUCUCGUCGGAAAACGUGGUCUCCGAGCACGGAGAGAAAGCUCCCAAUGUGGUUUACAAGGGUACUCUCGACGACGGCCGUUGGAUCGCCGUUAAGCGGUUCAACCGAUCCGCUUGGCCUGAUUCGCGCCAAUUUCUGGAGGAGGCUAGAGCUGUGGGGCAGCUGAGGAAUGAGCGUUUGGCGAAUUUGAUUGGGUGUUGCUGUGAGGGUGAUGACAGGUUGCUUGUGGCAGAGUUCAUGCCUAAUGAAACUCUCUCUAAGCAUCUAUUCCACUGGGAGACACAGCCGAUGAAAUGGGCAAUGAGGUUGCGGGUGGCUAUGUAUCUAGCGCAAGCUUUGGAGUAUUGCAGUAAUAGUGGGCAGGCAUUGUACCAUGAUCUUAAUGCUUAUAGGGUUCUGUUCGAUCAGGAUGGGAAUCCUAGACUUUCUUGCUUUGGCUUGAUGAAGAACAGCAAAGAUGGAAAGAGUUAUAGUACCAACCUGGCUUUCACCCCUCCAGAAUACUUGAGGACAGGAAGAGUGAUCCCAGAAAGUUUGGUUUACAGCUUUGGAACCCUAUUGCUCGAUCUCCUCAGUGGCAAACAUAUUCCCCCAAGCCAUGCACUUGACCUGAUACGGGGCAAAAACUUUUUAAUGCUGAUGGACUCGUGCUUAGAAGGUCAUUUCUCAAAUGAUGAUGGAACUGAGUUGGUGCGGUUAGCAUCACGGUGUUUGCAGUAUGAACCUCGUGAGAGGCCAAAUGCCAAGUCUCUUGUGACCGCCCUUAGUCCUCUUCAAAAGGAAACAGAGCAGGUUCCAUCAUACGUUUUGCUUGGUAUUUCACAUGGAAAUGUGCCUGCAAAUCAGAUAUCACUGUCACCUCUUGGUGACGCUUGCUCAAGAUUAGAUCUUACUGCCAUACAUGAAAUCUUGGAAAAGAUUGCUUACAAGGAUGACGAGGGGGUUGCGAAUGACCUUUCUUUCCAAAUGUGGACAAAUCAAAUACAAGAGACGUUGAAUUCCAAGAAACAUGGGGAUGCUGCAUUUCGAGCAAAAGAUUUUGCUACCGCCAUAGAUUCUUACACAGAAUUCAUUGAUGGUGGGACCAUGAUAUCUCCAACUGUGUUUGCCAGACGUUGUUUGUGCUAUUUGAUGAAUGAUAUGGCACAGGAAGCUCUUGGAGAUGCUAUGCAAGCCCUAGUAAUAAACCCCGAGUGGCCAACUGCCUUCUACCUUCAAGCGGCUGCCCUAAAGAGCCUAGGAAUGGACAAUGAUGCGCAGGAAACUCUAAAGGAUGGCGCGUCCUUGGAAGAGAAAAAAGAUAAAAACUGAAUGUGUAUAGGUGUUUCCCCCCCCUUCUUUUAUUUUAUUUAAACCUGUAUGUAGUUUUGUUAAUUCCAUCUUUGGUAUUUGAGUUCUGAUCUGCAGCACCAAAUUAUUCAUUGUAACAAUCUUUAUAUUUGUCUUGAUGUAUUUUCAUUUAUCUUGAUCAAUAGGAUUCCGAUAUACUGUAC